AUAAUCAUCAUCAAAAUCAUGAUUCAUCAUCAUCCACGAUAAAUGUUGAUCAUCAUCAUCAUAUGAUUGGCCGUGUACAGCAAACAACAUGUCGUCAUAUUAUAUCGGCUGAUUCAUUGGUCAUUAAUAAAGAACUUGGUAUCGGUGAAUUUGGUGUCGUACAACAAGGUGUUUGGACCAAUGAAGAUGGACAACGUAUACAGGUGGCCAUAAAAUGUCUUUCGGCAGCACGUUUAGAAAAUUCAAGAAUUGAAUUCCUAAAAGAAGCAUCAAUUAUGCAUUCAAUUUCACAUGAAAAUAUUGUAACAUUAUAUGGUGUUGUGUUGGAACCUUCGGUUAUGUUAAUCACAGAAUUGGCCCCAUUACGUUCAUUAUUAGAAUGUCUUAAAGAACCGACAUUGAUUGCACAUUUUCCAUUAACAUCAUUGUGUUUAUUUGCUGCACAAAUUGCUGAUGGUAUGUCAUAUCUGGAAUCUAAACGACUUAUACAUCGUGAUCUUGCUGCACGUAAUUUACUGGUGUUUAGUAAAACAAAAGUGAAAAUAUCUGAUUUUGGUCUUUCACGUGCAUUGGGUGUCGGUAAAGAUUAUUAUCAGAGUAAUUUUAAUGUUAAUCUGAAAUUACCGAUUGCAUGGUGUGCACCGGAAUGUAUUAAUUAUUUGAAAUUUACAUCACAAUCCGAUGUUUGGGCAUAUGGUGUCACGUUAUGGGAAAUGUUUUCAUUCGGAUUUCAACCAUGGGCUGCAUUAACUGGACAACAGAUUCUUGAAGCUAUUGAUAUGCCAAAUUAUCAACGACUAGAGCGGCCAGAAUGUUGUCCAAAAGAAUAUUAUCAAUUAAUGUUAAAUUGUUGGACACAUGAACCAAAUUUACGGCCAAAAUUUUCUGAAAUUGUCACACUAUUACCGGAUUGUAAACCAGAACUAUUACAAGCAAUCAAAAAUUCCGAUAACGCGAAUAUGAAAGAUUAUCUUUCAUAUAAAUCUGGUGAUAUUGUCACAGUAAUCGAUAAAGAUAAUCUGGAUGAUGAUGAUGAUUUGAAUGAUAGCAGCAAUGGUAAUGCGAAACUUUUAUGGAAAGGUGUUACCAAUGAUAGAAAAACUGGCCUAAUUAAUCCAAGUGAUUUUGUUGCAUAUUUGGGACAAAAUUUACCAUCAUCUAAUAGUCAUCAUAGUCAUUAUCAAUCUUCAAGCUCAUCAUUUGUUCAUUCAUUACUUUCCGGUGGUGGUAGUGGUAGCGGUGGUAGUGGAUCCGGAAAUUCAAAUGGUAACCAAAAUCAACACAAUAACCACCACAAUCAUCAUCAUCAUCAUCAUUCACAUUCACUGGCAUCAACAAUAACAUCAACUGUUUUACAAUCAUCGAGAUUUUUACGUGGAUUUUUGGAAUCAAAAAAUCAUCAACAUAAUGGUGGUAAUCAUCAUCAUAAUUCACCACAUGGUCAACGUAAACACCAGCACCAUCAACAACAACAACAACAACGUUUACGUCCAGAAAUGAUUUCUCGUCCACAAGGUGAUCUCAAACAUACUGGUCAUGUUGGUGCUGAUGGUGUUUUUUUUGGUGAUGUUUCAUUUCUUGAAGGUAAAUAUCAUCAUGUUCCACCAUCAUCAUGUUCAUCAACUAAAUCAAAUGGUGCAUCCAAUAAUGAUAUGGAUACGAAAUCUUCCAAGAUUAAUAAUCGUAAAUUAAUCAUUUCUGGUCCUAUUCCGAAUUUCAAUCGAAACAGUAUAAUUGAUUCAAAAACAGCAAUCUAUUCAAAUACAAAUCAUGAAUAUCAUGAAAUUAGUGAUGAAGAAAAUGAUGAUAUGGCUGGGGCAUUAGAAAGUCCACCGUUUGAGGUUCUUGAUUUUGGUCCAUCAUUAAUGGAGGAAGUAUUCCGAGAAUUGGAUCACAUAAAACCAGAUUUAAAUAAUGAUGCAGCUGAAAGUGAAACAGCUAUCAAUGAAAACAGUAUAAAUGUUAAAAAUGAAGUUCGUGAAUUAAACCUGAAGAUUAGUAAAGAAACGAAUAAUUUGAAAAAGAAACAAUCAACCGUGAAACCAAUUUCAGAAGCUGAACAAAAUGAACUUGAUUCAGCCAUUGCAAUGGCUAAAGAUAUUGCUAAUCGAACAAUGAUGGAAGAUGAUCUUGAUAUGACGAAAAACGACUCACCGAAAACACCAAAUUCACCGAAUAAACAAAAGAAAUUUUCAUUCAAAUUUCCCGUUACUGGACAUCGAUCACCAAAAAGUGAACGUCGAACAUUUAGUGAAGAAACCGAAUCGAUUGGAAACAUAAUCGAAAGUAUUACACCGGCAGCUAAAGAAGCUUAUAUGUCAUUAGUAGACAAAGGUGUAUCAUCCAGUAAUAAUGUUGUUUGUCCACCAUCAUCGGCACCACCACCACCACCACCACCUUCGUCUACAACGACACAUAAAGAAUCAACGACUUUCAGCGAUUAUGAUCCAUCAUCAUCCACCACUAUGAAUUCAAUGUACAAUGUUGAUAAUGAUCAUCAUGAUCAUUGCGACGAUGGAAUCGAAAACAAUCCAUUACGAAUGUUACGAACAGCCGGUAUUGGUAAAGUUUUACGGCCAAAAGUUCGUGGUAAUCGAUCAUUUUCACAACCACGAUUACCAACUACAGCACAAACGGCUGGUCUUGCCCGUGUAGCGUCAUCACGAUCACCAUUAGAAACUUCAAGCCAUUCAUAUGGUGAAACAAACAUCAACGAUCAACAAAGAAUACAAACACAACAACAACAACAAUCGCAACAGUCAACAUUAAUCAAUCAAAAUCAGAAUGCAUUACCAUUACCACCAAGAGAUCGUAGUCGACCUUUGAUACAGCUAAAAACACAUCAACGUCGUCAUCCAUUGGUAAUACCAGCCGAAUUAUCGGAUAAAUUGAAUGGUUCAUCAUCAAGUAAUUAUCAUCAAAAUGUAAUGGGUGAAAAUGGCUUAUCAGUUGAUGCAGGUUAUCAUCAACAACAACCAUAUGAAUCAUCGUCAUCGGGAUAUAGGCACGUUCCAGUACUCAAACAAGUAUCAUGUCCACAAGUACCAGCUGCUUUCCUAAAUAAAACUAAUCAAAACUCAGGCAAAAGCUUUGAUGUAAUAGAAACAAAUUCAGGUGAUGAUCAUAAAUCAAUUGCUUCAACAAUUCAACCAACACCACCAUCGAAACCGACACGAACCUAUCUGUCGAGUGAUUUAACCGAAUCAUUGGAAAGUGAAAUACAAAAAGCAUUUGAUAAUAUUAAAUUGGCUGUAUCUUCCUCAUCAUAUAUGCCACCGAUUACUUCAUCAUCAUCAUCAUCAUCGACAACAACAACAGUUACAUCACAACAGAAUGGCAAAGAAAAAUCAAAUGCUGAACCGAUUAAAUCAUCGGUUACAACAUUUACCGUUCCUACUGCUUCUGCUGCCAAUAGUAAUGGUCAGAUUAUGGAUUUGAAUAGUAGUAAAAAAGAUUCAAAUGUACAGAAUAAUGUUACGAUUAAACUCAAUCCCACUGUUAGUCAAACGAAUUCAUUUGAAUCAAAAAGUCAAAGUUCAUCAUCAAAGUCAUUGAAUGCUGCAGCGCCACAACAACCACAACCGCCGCCACCACCACCAGUACCGAGACAUCGAAAUAUUGAUAGUGAUGAAAUUCGAGUCAUGCAAAAAGUUCUUUCAAAUGAGAUAAACUUAAAGGCCGAAGAAUGUGCUAAAAUUUUAGAUUCAACCGAUUGGGAUAUACAUAAAGCCAUCAAAUGUAUUCGAUUACGACAACAACUUCGUAGCCAUAAUAUUCAUGUUGAUUGUGAUUGGGCACAAAUGUUAACGAAAUUUAACUGGAAUAUACGACAAGCAUCAAAUUAUUUGAUUGCAACACAAGGAGUUCCUGAAGAUACAACCGAAGUUUAGUUAUUAGUAGCUCGCUAUCGGGUGAACAAAUUCAACGCACAACAAAUACAAGACAAUAGAAUAUUAUUACAAUCAAAUAUAGCCAAAAAUGAUCAAAAAAAAAUCCUAUUUAUAAUCCAAUUUGGUAGCUUUGUUUUGUUUACAAAAAUUAUAAUCAAAACAACUAUUGAACACACCCCCACUACUACUAUGAAAAUGAUCUACAACCACACCUACAAUACACAGCUAGUCUAUCCAUUCAUUUGAAAAAAAUUUUUGAAUUUUUUUUUCUAUUUACUCUAUGAAUUUUUUCACAAUUUUG